ACUCAGGAUGCCUUGCCACAACCAGCAACUGAACAAUAUCAACAGUGGCCAGGAACACCCAAUGAAGCAAGUACGGUUUGCAAACAGCAGCAGCAGCAGUGUGCCCGCAGUGCUGUCCAACUCUGAAGCCUCUGAUGCCAGCAUACAGCCUGACAGUCAGGAUAACCUUGGACUUCCUCAGCUCAAACUGCUCCCCCUGAAUGACCAGAUCCGAGAAUUACAGACCAUAAUCAGAGACAAGACAACCAGCAGAGGAGACUUUGUGUUUUGUGCUGAUCGACUGAUCAGACUCGUCGUAGAAGAGGGUUUGAAUCAGCUUCCAUAUUCAGAGUGCACUGUGACCACGCCAACAGGGUACAAGUAUGAAGGUGUCAAGUUUGAAAGAGGCAACUGUGGAGUCAGCAUAAUGAGGAGUGGUGAGGCCAUGGAGCAGGGUCUCCGGGAUUGCUGCCGCUCCAUCCGAAUCGGCAAGAUCCUCAUCCAAAGUGAUGAGGAGACACAGAAAGCUAAGGUGUACUAUGCCAAAUUCCCUCCAGACGUGUAUAGGAGAAAAGUGCUGCUCAUGUACCCCAUUCUCAGUACAGGGAACACUGUGAUAGAGGCAGUGAGGGUGCUGAUAGAGCAUGGAGUCCAGCCCAGACAUAUCAUCCUCCUCAGCCUCUUCUCCACGCCUCAUGGGGCCAAUUCUAUAAUCCAGGAGUUCCCAGACAUCACCAUCCUGACCACAGAGGUUCAUCCGGUUGCUCCGACACAUUUUGGACAGAGAUACUUUGGCACCGACUAAACUGACGACAACCUGAAGGACAUGAUCUGCAAUUUGCUUUUGAGGUUUUUUUCUUUGUGUUAUUUAAAUUUAUCUCAUGUUCUCCUUGUUGUGCCAAAUACUGCUACUUCAUCUUCAAAGUACCUAAACUGAUUAAUCUGAUGGAUUGUAUUUAUUUACCUGUGUUAUGCUGUGUAUACUCAUGCUCAAAAGAGAAAUGCGCUGAACAGUAUAAAAGGUUCAACUUGGAUUGUUUUAUUUUGCAUGUUACAACAAAAAGUGGGAAAUAAAAAAUUUAUAUUUGU